UUAAUAAUUAAACAAUUUCAGGUUGUGGGGAAAACUCUUAUGGAUCCGACUGUAAAGGAGUAUGCUCUAUACAGUCUGAUAUGUGUCGUGGUAUGUUCAUGUGUACAAGUUAUGGAUGUACAUGCCCAACGGGACUAACCGGUCCAUCGUGUAACGAAGAAUGUACAAUGGGUACAUAUGGAGCUGAUUGCAAACAAACUUGUUCUGAGAAUUGUCUUAAUGAUAUGUGUGAUAAAUAUACAGGUAUCUGCUUAGAUGGUUGUUCAGACGGAUAUAUACCACCACAUUGCAGUGAAAAAUAUCCAUACUUCAUUAACCCACCUACACUGCGUUUUGCCAAUUACGAUGCGAUUGAACUAGAAUUGGAUUUUCAAGAAAAUAAUAUAAGAGGAGGAGACAAAAUUAUAAAGCCAAAAUAUUAUCAAUUAUUGUAUAAGGUUAUUGCAAUUAAUACAAACAUUUUUGAUUUUUAUUUCUACAUAAGCCAUGACAACGCAUACGUCAUGCAAUAAUGUAUCUUUCCGUGUAUCAAAUUAUAUUAUACUAUUUUUUUUAACUAUAAAUUAAAUAGGAGAUAACGUUUUACAAUAUACGAUUUUUCAAGGUUGGGCAAGUUAAUGAUUUUUUU